GAUUCGCCACGUGGUCGAAUCUGAUUGGCCAACUUAGUUCAGCAUUGACAGCUUAUAAAAAGGGUCGUGAAUAGCUGAGCAACCCAGACUCAGCCCACAAACGUUGAAGCGCAACAGGUUUCAGAUCGAAAACCAGUCACGUCAAAACAUGGCAGCAAACAUGGCAGCAAAGAUAACAGGAGCUAUUGCUGGAGCCUUCGCAAUUUCAUAUGCUUGCGACUACCUUGUGGCUGACAAGAAGAUAUUUGGAGGUACUACCCCCUCAACUGUUUCAAACAAGAAAUGGAAUGAAGAAACUGAUAAGAAGCUCCAGGCUUGGCCUCGUGUUGCAGGGCCUCCUGUUGUGAUGAAUCCCAUCCGUCGCCAGAAUUUCAUUGUCAAGGCCCAACCUGAAUAGUGAAGCACAUCGUUUGUUCAUUUUGUUUCCCUUGUUAGGCCUUGCAAAGCCAUGCUUAUAAAUUCUUCUGUAUUCCAUUAGAUUGUGCACUCUUAUAUCUGAUAAUUUGGACUGUGUUUCAAAUAUUUUCUGAUCAUAAUAACCACUGCCAGGGUAUUUCUUUGGCAGAAUGAUCUUCUUGUUAAUGUUAUUGGGUCUUUGAUAA